UCAACUGCUACAACACCAAGGGCCACACCCAUGAGAUGGUGAAGGUGGGGCUGGGCCCGGAUGAAGAGGCCGAGGGUGGCGAUGAGGGCGGCAACCAGGGGGAGCGGCGGUUCAGGAGGGUCCGGGUGGCUGGGCGCCGGAGCAUCCUGCGCUGCAUCCAGUCCCUGAGGCACGCCCGCCAGUGCGGCGACGCCAACUGCCCUCGGAAUGACUGUCAGAAGCUGAAGCGUGUUGUUCUGCACACCAGGCGCUGCCAGCGCAAGGCCAUUGGGGGCUGCCCAGUGUGCAGGCAGCUACUCGCCCUUUGCUGCUACCAUGCCAAAGAAUGCCAAGAAAAUCCAUGCCCCGUUCCCUUGUGCCUCAACAUCAAACAGAAGAUCCGCGAGCAGCGGCUCCGGCUCCGUCAGCAGCGGAUUGGGAACCGCCUGCCGCAGGGGUAGCUCAUGCGCCAGCGGAUGCCACCAUGAACUCCCGUCACGUGCCUCAGCAGUCUGCCAUCCCCUCCUUGAGCACCACCCUGGACACUCCCACAGCAGCCCAACACAGCCCAGACACUACAGCCUCCGACUCAGUCCCAGCCCUGGCCUGUAAGCAUGUCACUAGCCGGUUUCUUCAGCUUGGCCAGAACUUUGCCCACCAGUGUCCACAGGGAAGCGCACUCACCUUCAGCUCCAGUCCAGCCUGCAGAACCUGACCGCCAUGCAAGCCAGCGGCCACGACCUGCUGUCCCUCCGCAGCAGCAACAAUGGGAAGCCUGAACUCCCAAGACCAGGCCUUGAACAUCAUGAAUCUGGGGCGCAACCCCAGCCAGGCGAGAAUGAACCACAGCACAGAGAGAUGCCACGGAGCAGCAGCAGCAGCAGCAGCAGGAAGGCAGCGCUGGCAUGGCUGUAGGCCGGGCAGGACACGCCCAGUUCUAGCAGCCUCAGGGACCUGAUGCCACCCGCAGCCAUGCAGCAGCAGCAGAUUCAUCCCAGGCCAGCCAAGCCCUGUUAGGCAUAUUCUGUACCUUUCCCUGCCCUCAGUUUCUCCCCUGCACUCAGUACUCUCUGUUGUCCCCCCUUGCGGCUCCUGUCCUCUCUGCUGUUUUCCUGUUAUUCUCAUUUCAGGUGUCACAGGAGACAGCUAAGCAGCUGAGAAAAGCAGCUCUAGACCCAGCUUCCUGCAACCACCUGCACCUCCAUCCGACCCACACAGAGACAUAAAUAUCCCGCCCUCCCUACUCUUGCUUGCUGAAAUGGAUAUGCUGGUGUGUAUUAAUAAUA